AUGAAUACUACUUUAAAUAUUCCAAAACCUAUGGAAGACGAAGACGAAUUAAGCGAUUUGGAAGUGCAAUCAUCUACUGAAUUAGCGCUUAGAGAUCGCAGUAAUUCCAUUAAAUUGCACGAUGAGGAACAAGAUUAUUGGUCUCACAGAAUCGACUAUUUAAAAAAUGAGCAUCAAAUUAUAAAUAAAAUUGUUGAAACUGAAUAUCAAAAAACUAUCGAAAAAACCAGACAAAUGUUCAACAUACCUAAAGUAACUGAAGGUAAAAUUAAUAGAAUAAAAAAAUGCUCUACCUGGCGCGAUAAGAUGUUGAAGUGCUAUGAAGAUUACCCUCGUCAACCCUUAAUGUGUUCAUCUAUUGUUCAGGCAUUCAGCAACUGUGUAGCCUCGUGUCGUCUUGAGGACUAA